GUCCUCCAUCGCUAGGUGGCGCUAUUAGAAAAUGACAACAGGAAAGCGAUGACUAGCAGACGCUGAAGGUGUGUUGAUUUAGGUAGAAGUAAACCAGCCUGCCCGUGGGGCAAGGGACCAUGACUGUUGAACUCCUGCGGGUCAUUUGUGGGUCUGCCCUUCCCCGAGUACAUGCAGCUGACAGCGCCGAUUCACAGACUGCUCUUAGCAACUUACCAAUACAUGUGGGCAAACCCGAAUUCCCAGAUACAGGAUGGGAUCGCAUUAAAGACCUGUUCGACCGAGGAAAUGGACAGGCUUACUCAGAGGAGCUGAGAAAUGUGGGAAGGAGCGCAAUGAUGGCAGCCUCGGUGGGGCUGCUUUACGGAGGCCUGCCUGCAGCACGACACGCCCGCGAGAGGUUCAUCCACCUCAGCCAAGCCGAGCUCUAUCGAAGCAGGGUGGAAGCAGUGCGCUCGGCCCACAAUGCUGCCAUCCGGGGUUUCAUAAGGUACGGUUGGAGGUGGAGCUGGAGGGUGGCUGCGUUCGUCACCCUUUUUAACACUGUCAGUACUGGACUUUCUGUGUACAGAGACAAAAAUGCCUUGACCCAUUUCGCCCUGGCCGGUGCUGUAACCGGGGGUGUGUUCCGGAUGAACCUCGGGGUCAGGGGAUUGGUAGCAGGAGCAGCUAUUGGAGUUGUGUUAGGCAUUCCUGCUGGGGUGUUAAUCGUUGGCCUGCAGAAGCUGAGUGGAGAGACCAUGCGUGAGAGAAGACGGCGAGAACGCAGAGAGCUGUUUGAGCUGAGGGUGGCCGAAUGGAAUGCACGUCUGCAUCUUACAGAUGACCUGAUUAGUGAAAUCAGUGGGCAGGACCAGAUUACAGAGGUUCACCUUCAACGAAUCGAGGAGCUGCUUAGUCAGUCUAGGAACGAGGACAGCUGAUGACAAAAACCCUGAAUGUAGUAAAUGAAUUAAGUUAUAACUCAUUAUGUAUGUAAACAUGGAAAAUCUUAAUGCUUGGCUUUUCAUUGGGAAAAUGUAUAUUUGAGCUCAAAACUAAAAUGACACUGAAGAAGAACGUGGAGGAUAUGUCACAAGUUCAGCACUGGCCAUUCAUUUUGUGUCUUCUAUGCAUAAACGCCUAUACUACAUUCAAA